AUUUUGAAACAGAGAGACAUUCAAUGAGCAGCCCAAUGGCCUUAGGAUUAGGAGAGCGCUUCCGCCGUGUUCUCCCGACGCCUGGAAAAGAUCCGAAUCAGGGUUUCCAAAGCGGCAGAAUAAUCAACCCCACCCACCCGCCAGACUCUUCUCUCCCUCUCCACUCGCUCUCCGGUGCCUCUCUCAAUUUAUUGUACUCCUCCAUAGCAUACCAUCUCCAAUAUCUCCGCUUCACUGUCUGGACUCUUUACAUCAUCUUACUCUCUCUUUCCUGUUGCUGCUAUUUAUUCUAUUUAAUUCUAGACGGACUUUGAUCGUCUAAGAAUUGGUUUUGGUCCCUGAGAUGCACCAAACCAUUGUUGUUGGAAUCCAGCCCGGAAAACCUUUUCUUUGGGAAUCUAAGUCGUCGAAGCGUCGGGAUUCAUGGGCCCCGAUCACGCCGUCGUGGUCGAUAUUAGCUCCGAUGAGGAGGAUCUCGGCCUGGACGCGUCUGAUGGCCUCUCUUUCAAUUCGUUCGAGGUGCUCGAUCGGUCGGACGUGCGGCGACAGGAGGAAUCCGAUGACGUCGUGAUCGUGGACGAGUUCUCGGCCUCUGCCGCGAAGAGGCGUAAGAAGGACUCGGGUUUGUUGGCUCCGGACAAGGGCGGUGGCUUUGACGAUGACGACUGCGUAGUGUUGGACUCUGACCCGGAUAAGCCGGUCUCGGUGGUUGAUGAUAAUGGCGGCGAAAUUGGGGAUAGGGGCGAUGACCUGCUCAUCGUCGCCGAGAAGGGGCAGUUUGCUUGCCGGGAUUACCCGCAUCCAAGACACCUAUGUGCUCAUUUUCCUUUCAGCUCAUCACCUCAUGAAAAGUUCUGUGAUUUGUGCCAUUGUUAUGUCUGUGACUCUCCAGCCCCUUGCAGUUGCUGGGAUAUUGGUGAUAAAAGUACUGACCAUUGUCAUUCAACUGAUAAAGAAGAAAGGUGGCAGUACCUGAGGCAAUAUUUCAAACAAAUUAAGUUGGAGUCUAUGUUUCCACAGAAACCCACGGAUAACCCCACUUCUAAGAUUCCACCUUUUCAAGAUCCAGUGCCACUGUCUUAUUCAAACCUAAAUCCUCUAUUGGUUCCCGGUUCCAGAUCAAAUUCACUCCAGACUUGCUCUGCCGCUAGUAUCUCAAAUUCAAAUGCAAUCAACCAGAGAAACUAUUAUCAACCUACCAUUCUCUCUUGCUCUUUCCAGAGACAUGGCCAGCGGCCAACCAAAUCCUACCCACUUAAUCCUAGUAUACAAUAUAUACAGAGAGAUAGCCGUGUUGCUGGUGCAUUGACCACUCAACUCAUGAAUUCUCAUACAAGAUUUAAAAGGGCCAGGACUAUGCAAUAUAGCUUUACUAGCUUGAAUAACCCACCUCACAACACCAUUGCCAGUAGUAAUCAUACUCCCAGGGGUGUGCUACAGAAAUCUACUUAUGCGACGAGGACAUCACAGAGACCACGAAGCCCUCAAGUAGGACAGCAGAGAUCUGAGGAUCCGUUGGUGACAUCACCAGGUGCCUCAGCAUAUCAGAUGCAAGCAAAUAUAUCAUCACACUUUACACUGCCAACAAAGCAGAGUUCUAUGUGUCCCCCAGUGACAGCAGCAGCUGAUAGUCAGGAAAGUUGGCAGAAUCUACUGGCUAGCGUGGCUUCUGAACUUGGAGUUUCCAUGUUUAGCGACACUGGUACCUCUAAUGCCCAACAGCCUCCAAUGUUUCCAUCUUCAUCACUACCUUUUGAUGAGUCUUAUUCCAAAACCGAUGCAAGUCAGGAUACUUGGUCCAGUUCCAGCAAGCACUAACCCUGGUUCAUUAUAUUAUGACUGUAGAUGGUCAAGUGAUACAAUGGCCCAGAUUCAAGAACGUAGUCCGGUAGAAGAUCCUCACUUGUGAACAUCCUAGACAUCCAACACUCUGGUUUCUGGAAGUGACCAUUUCAGUAGAGACUUUUCUGGACAAUUUUUUGAGCUUCCAUAGAGAAUGAGAAAUCAUAGUAGAGUCUGUUAAUGAGCCAGACUUGGAAAAUGGAUCUACUGUGUUCAUUUGGAGUCUCAGGUAGCAAAGUGGCAAAGUUGUCGAGUGUCUGCUCAGUUCUUGGCUCCUUUCAGUUUCAGUUUGGUCAUAGUGGAGGCAAUUAUGCCCCUCUAUAGUUCAACAGGGAUUGAGUUUAUCUGUCUUUUCAAUUGCUAUGGAACAACAUCCAUAGAUCUACUUGAGUUAUUUGAGGUUGAGAUGAACUAUUCAUGUUUGAGCAAUGAUACAUAAGUCUCCA